AUGUCACCGCCUACGCUGUCGUGUCCAAAUUUCGAGCUACCGUUUACUUUAGAAACGGAUGCUAAUUCGGUUGGUUUAGGAGCGGUAUUAACGCAAGAAUCGGAAAGCGUAGAACACGUAAUCGCGUUUGCGAGUAAGGCACUGUCGGAGGCCGAGAAGAAAGACUCUACGACCGAUCAGGAAUGUUUGGCUGUCGUCUGGUCGAUUAAAAAGUUUAGACCGUAUCUCGAGGGGUAUAAUUUUAAGGUCAUUACGGAUCAUAAUAACUUACGAUGGCUACAUAAUUUAAAGAAUUCUACAGGCCGAUUAGCACGAUGGGCUUUGGAAUUAUUAAAGUACGAUUACACGAUCGAGCAUCAGAAAGGAGCAUUACAUCAUGUUCCUGAUGCGUUGUCGCAGCCAUACGGUAUAGUUCACACUACCGUACCUCCGUACCAUCCUCAGGUAAAUCCGGUAGAACGCGUCAAUAGAGUACUUAAGACUAUGAUUACGGCGUUUUUCGAAAAUGAUCAUCGCGAAUGGGAUAUACACUUGGCUGAGUUCCGAUUCGCAUACAAUACGGCGUAUCAUAUCUCCUUACAGGCUAUUCCUGCGUUCUUAAAUUUCGGUAGGAAACCUCAGCCGGUUAACACCGUGCGUGGGAGGCACGAGCCAGCUGUCGAAGUCGCGGAAUCCCGAAGAAGCGAAUCCCGAAAAUUGGAAAGAGCGCAUCGAGAAGAGAGAAUUCAGGUUUUGCGAGAUUGGGUAGUAGAAAAUUUAGAGGCCGGGCAUAAUAAACAGGCGCAUUACUAUAAUUUGCGAAGACGAGAUUAUCGUUUUGCGAUUGGCGAGCAAGUUCUAAAGCGGCAGCAUGUGCUGUCGUCAGCCGCCCAGAAUAUUUCGGCAAAGUUAGCGACUAAAUAUCACGGUCCGUUUACUAUCGCGAAAAUGUUGUCGCCGGUCGUAUACGAGUUAACGGAUAACCUUAAUCGAGGCAAGGUACACAUUAAAGAUCUCAAACCAUAUAAUGUUCCACCAAACUCCCCAGGCAACUAA